AGAAACACUGUUCUAACUGUAAGCUCUGGCCUUCUCUGUAGGAACUGAGUGGUCUGCUGUCUCUGUAAUUCCAACCUUCAGCCAUCUAUGUUGUUCUCUCUGUUUCCUCAGUGUUCUAUUGUUACGGUAAGUAACCCUCUCUGAAAAUUGUCGUGUGAGUGAGACACAGAGGGGCAGACGAAAUUCUCUCCGUUUUGAGUCAGUUAGAAUUUGUUUUGAUUUGAAUUGGGCUCGUUUUUCGCCAGUUACGUCGCCAUGGUUACUCGAAAUGCAAACAAAAGUAACAGCACCCCUCACGUGAGGAGGCGCGCGGCGGACGAGCCGCAUUGACGGUGAAAGGAAGCGGCAGUUAUUUUGAGGUGGAGAAUGUGCCUUCCAUGCAUUGCUAUGGCAGGCCCCAAUAACUAACUCGGCUAAAGGAAAAGAUGUGGCUUACGUGCACAUAUAAGGACGCCUGUUCAGUGAGACGAGGGGAAGCUGGACUCUCAGGCACAUGUUCGGUCACUUUCAGGUCAGAAAAGCAACGCAGCUCCGUUAAUCUAUCUGAACCAAGAUCACAGAAAACGCGAAUACCAUUGGGAGUGACAAUGAGCACCAAGGAAGAGAACACAGUCAAAGGGAUGACGGAUUCUUCCAUCUGCCUCCUCCCCGAGAAGCACUUUUUGUGCCUUCUCUGCAGAGACAUCUUCACCAACCCAGCAACCAUCCCAUGUGGACACAGCUUCUGCUUGUCUUGUCUGAGCCAGUUCUGGACUCAUCGCCAAUCCAAAUACUGUCCUGACUGUAGAAGAUUGUUUGCCAAAACGCCUGACCUCAGUGUCAACCAUAUUUUGGCAGAUAUUUCCGAAAAUUAUAGAACAGCACGACCUCAGAAACCACCGGAAGAAGAGAAGGUAAUAGACGUCAAACAAAUGAUCAAGGACAGGCUGCAGAAGAUAGAGAGGCUAAAAUAUUCUCUGGAUGUCCAAAAGAGUUCUUACCUGCGUGAGGUGCGCGAGAGUCAAAAGGUCUUCUCAGCCCUGGUGCGUGCUAUGGAGGAGACUCAUAAAGCUGUUGUCUCUGCAAUUGAAGACAAACAAAAGGAACAAGAGCAAAGAGUGCAAGCACUGAUAAAAGACAUCAAGGAAGAGAUUGAGCAGCUGAGGAACCACAUGAAUCAACCUGAUCCUCAGGCUUUUGACCAAAAUGACGACAUGAAGCAGGUUGUCUUACCCACUGACAUGAAGGACUGGUCCAAGGUCAGCAUUGAAACAGAUCCUUGUGUUGGAGUCACGAGAAGAGCAAUGUCAGACAUCUUGGAAAAAAUUAAAUUAGAAGUCAACAGACUUUCCAAAGCUGAACUAAGAAGACUUGAGAAGUACACAGUGGAGGUGACCCUAAGCGGAAAGACGGCCCACCCUUUCCUUUCCGUCUCAGAUGACCGGAAACGAGUGAGGCACACCGACAAGCUUCAGGAGGUCCCAGAUCAUCCCACACGCUUUGACCGCGUGGCCAACGUACUGGGCAAGGAUGGCUUCAGCAGUGGGAGGUGCUACUGGGAGGUGGAGGUUGGCGACAAGAUUGAGUGGAACCUGGGCGUUGCCAGGCAGUCCAUAAACAGGAAAGGCAAGUUCACUGUUUGCCCGGCCAAUGGUUUCUGGACUUUGAGCCUGAAGAGUGGAGGCCAGUAUGUUGCCAACACCUCACCGGUCACCUUUGUGGCUCUGGAGCAGCGGCCUAGAACUGUGGCAGUGUUUCUGGAUUACUCCGAAGGCCGUGUGUCCUUCUACUGCGCCGAAUCAGGAGUGCACAUUUACACCUUCGUGGAUAGGUUUAAAGACCGGCUUCACCCAAUUUUCAGUCCUGGACGUCUGCAUGGCGGCAAGAACGCAGCCCCACUGAUCAUCACUUCAAGCUUCUGCAGCAUUUGAGCAUCUGUGUUUGACGUUCCCUCUUAGUAUUUAUCUGAUUCUGUCUAAUUUAUUAAAUGAGAUGUAUAUUGUGUACAAUCUUCAAUAAACCACAUAUUAUUCUACGCAAAUAACUGA